AGGGGGCUGCUGCUAGAUGAGGGGGAGCUGCAGGGCCUCAGUUGCCAAGUAGCUGGUAGUAUCUGUCAGCUGUUUGCACACUGUUUACCCAUAAGGGAUCUAUUACAAGUGCUCAAAUGAACCGGCAGCUUAGGAGCUAGCAGCUUCCUGGGAGCUGCAAUUACAUAAGCAUAUAUUUUUAAUAUAAUUGUUGAACAAGUAGCAGCGGUAUGCCUGGAUCAGCUACAGCUAUCCGACAAGAGAGACUGAAGAAGACCCAUGCAAGGCCAAUUCCCCUUGGUUUAUUCACCAUUAAUGAGGAAGAUGAACAGCAAAAGAAUGGAAAUUCCAGAAGACCCAAAGUGCCUGAUGGCUACAAAGGACAAGAAAAGAAAACUGCCCACAGCCGCACCACUUCUACAGUUUCAGGACAGAAUACCAACCACUCAGGAAAUAAACCAGAUCCCCCGCCUGUGCUACGGGUUGAUGAUCGGCAGCGUCUGGCCCGUGAACGCCGUGAGGAACGAGAAAAGCAGCUAGCUGCGCGAGAGAUGGUCUGGCUGGAAAGAGAAGAGCGAGCCCGGCAGCACUAUGAAAGGCACCUGGAAGCACGGAAGAAGAAACUGGAGGACCAGCGGCUGAAGGAGGAGCGGAGGAGGGCAGCUGUGGAGGAGAAGCGCAGACAGAGGCUGGAGGAAGACAAGGAGCGCCAUGAAGCUGUUGUGCGACGGACUAUGGAAAGGAGCCAGAAGCCAAAGCAGAAAUAUAACCGGUGGUCGUGGGGAGGCCCUCUCCAUGGGAGCCCCAACAUUCACAGUGCAGAUCCAGACAGGCGGUCAGUUUCCACCAUGAAUCUUUCGAAACAUGUUGAUCCUGUCAUUAGCAAGCGGCUCUCGUCCUCAUCUGCAACCUUGCUAAAUUCUCCAGAUAGAGCUCGUCGCCUGCAGCUCAGCCCCUGGGAGAGCAGCGUUGUAAACAGACUGUUGACGCCCACACAUUCCUUCCUGGCCAGAAGUAAAAGCACUGCUGCCUUGUCUGGAGACACAGCAUCUUGCAGCCCCAUCAUCAUGCCCUUCAAAGCUGCACACUCUAGAAAUCCAGUGGACCGACCAAAACUCUUUGUAACACCGCCUGAGGGCUCUGCGCGGAGGAGGACCAUUCAUGGCAUGGCGAACCAUAAAAGAGAGCGUGAAAAAGAACACCUGCCCUUCCAGUUUUCCUCUGGCUUCCGAAGGACUUUGUCCCCAUCUAAUCCCAAAGCAAGAUCACCAGCUCCAGCUCCAGCCCGCCUUUGGCUUCCAUCCAAGUCUAUGCCUCAUUUGCCUGGCACUCCCCGGCCAGCAUCCUCCUUGCCUCCUGGCUCAGUCAAAGCUGCUUCCUCUCAGACCCACCCAUCAUCCCAUGGCAACAUCCGCCCUGUCAAGAGAGAGGUCAAAAUGGAGCCUGAGAAAAAAGACCCGGAGAAGAAGCUUGCCAAUGAGCCCUUGGUAAAGGGCAGAGCACCCUUGGUGAAGGUAGAGGAAGUCACAGUUGAAGAGGGGACGCUCGCAGAGCCAGCUGACCCUGCUGUUCCAGUCUCGACCCCUGUUCCAAGCCCAGCCCCUGCUCCAGCUACAGACCCAGCCCCGGUCUCAACACCAGCAACUGUGGCUGUCAGUGUUGUUCCUAAGGCCUCUGCGGGCACCACUGACCCAGAAGAGGCUACGAGGCUGCUGGCUGAGAAGAGGCGCCUAGCCAGAGAGCAAAGAGAGAAGGAAGAAAGGGAGAGGAGGGAGAAGGAAGAGCUGGAGAGACAAAAGAUAGAGGAAUUGGCUCGAAGGGUGGCUGAAGAGCGGAGUCGACGGGAAGAAGAAUCCCGCAGGCUGGAAGCCGAGCAGGCGCGAGAGAAAGAAGAGCUGGCAUUGCGCCUGGCUGAGGAGGAGCGGGAGCGGUGGGAGAGGGAGGAGAUGGAGCGCGUGCAGAAGCAGAAAGAAGAAGAAGCCCGAGCCAGGAAGGAGGCGGAGAGGGCCCGACAGGAGCGAGAGAAGCAUUUCCAGAGAGAAGAGCAGGAACGCCUGGAGAGGAAGAAGCGACUUGAAGAGAUUAUGAGGAGAACCCGGAGGACAGAGACGGCAGAGAAGAAAACCACUGAACAAAGAAAUGGUGACAUAACCAAGGGAGUUCUCACUGGAGAAACAGAGGUAUCUGCACUACCAUGUGUGAACUCUCCAGGAAACGGGAAGUCUGCACAAAGCACACACGGAGUCACCUUAGAGCAACCAGAAGUGAGCACGGAGAGUUCUCCGAUUUUGGGAGAAGAGCCAAAUGAAAAUGGAAUGUCUGCUCAAAAUGAAAAUUUUGAAGAAAUUAUAAACUUACCUGUUGGAUCAAAAGCAUCCAGAUUAGAUGUCACCGAUGAGAACCCAGAAAUUCCUUUGAAACCAAUCUUGGCCUUUAAUGAUGAAGGGACACUUGGGCCCCUACCUCAGGUAGACGGUGUGCAAACACAACAGACCGCAGAAGUUAUAUGAACAUUUCCUCUGAAGAACCAAAGCCAAUGUUUUGUAGUUAAUGGAACUUCAGGCUCCACAAGAGUACCUCCCUCCAGUUGUCUAAAGACUUCUUGACCAUCAUUUUGAAGACUUAUUAAAGCCAGCUAAAGACAACAGACUGGGCAGCUUUUCUAAUCAUUUCCGCCACUAGAAAGAAAUGCUCCUUCUCUGACACCUUGAGGUGGCUUUUCCAGUGUCCUUCUUAGCAAAUCAAUAUUUUUCUGCAUUCUUUAACAACAACAAAAAAAAAGAGCAUUUGACUAUAAAAUAAAUGGACUGACAAAGCAUGAUUUUUUUCACACAGAUCUUUUCAUUUUUAAACAUACGAAGUUGGGGAAAAUUAAAAAUACCUUUUACAAUGUAAUACUUGAAAAUAGGUACCUCUUUGCUCUCCAAGUAGAGUGAAUGGGGGUUGUCUAAACAAACCUAUUUGUUUAAAUGUUACUUCAAAUGCUGUUUGUAGAGGCAGAAGAUGGCCAGGCCAGCAGGCUCUUAUAAACACACCUUGUACACAGUAACCUGCAGCCCCGGCUGCCUCGAUCUUCUUGAACUCCUCUUACAGAACUAUACUGACAAGUUUGAAAAUGUGAAAACAUUUUUGUUUUUCAGAGCAAGAAAAUAAUUUGCUGUCCUGUUAAAUAAUGUAUUUAUGAAGGUUUUGUUUUUCCAGAUGAAUAAAUUAGAAUCAGGACAACGCUGCACGUAUGCUCUAGUAGUUACACUCCAUCUGCUGCCGCUGUGAAUGUUGUGAUGAUGCAGGGCUCUGUCUGAAGUUUGUAUGUUGCUGCCGUCCCCAGUGAUGGUGGGACUUCUCUCUUUGCCUUACGUGAUCAUAAAUGAUGUGGGGAAAAUAAAUAUUUAAUAUUUCUUUAGAUCAAAAAAGAGCUUCAUUCUGCUCGUUUCAGAGCAAUGAAAGAACGAUGGGUGGGACCUUCGUGGAUGUCCUUGGUCUGUGUGGUGUCCAUCAGCUUUUCCUUUCUUGUCGUCAUUCUUCACAUUUGCUGCUGAGCCUAGCUGUACAAACUUGCACUUUCAUUUGCUAAUAUAAAUUCAAUUUUAUUUUCCCACUUAAAAGACAAUUAAUGAGAAAUGGAGAAGGGAAUGCUGAGGGAAACGGUUUUAUGUGGCGUGUUAAUAAAAGAAAUUUCUACCACUAUGA